GUACAGACAUCUCUUAAUAUUACUUUAUCAUAAAGGAAGGGGGAUACGAGAGAGACAUGUGGGACAGGUGGAGGAGGAGGCUGCUGAGCCAGAGAAGUGGGAAAGUUGAAUGAAACUCCGUGUAAAUCAUUAACAAAAGCAUCUUCUGCCUUCCAACAAGAUGGCGGCGCUUCCUCACUGUGUGACAUCUUUGAUGUGAAUCUCAUCACCUAUAUUACUUGCUGUUUCUACUCAGAUUAAUCACAUUUGCUUUGUAACACGGACUGAACUGUUGUGUUUACGGGUGAAGCAAGUUUUACAAGCAGUCCGCGCCAAACUCACCCCUUAAUCCUAUUUCGAGGCUGGACUUCCGGCUCCUCCCAUCUACUUCCUGUUUAGACACUGUCAGGUUGCUUAUCUGUGUGGGAAUUCCUCUCCUUAUUGGAAUAGAUUUAUGUCACUUCUCUUAUGUGCCCUGAUCUGAUAGAGCCGAGUUGUGAGGAGACUCACUGGGGAACUGACUGAGAAUUGUCCCCUGUAAAUCCUUCUCCUGUGUCCCUGACAUUCCCAUCCCCUGUACUCACAUCUCCAGCCUCAUCUACUGGGCGGGAGUCAGAGAUGCCGCUCCCCAGUGCUACAUUAGGAGCUGUGCCCCAGGCUGACAAUCUUUUGCCGCUAGUAAAGAUGGAAGAGGAUGCGGGUACCUCGGAGGCAGAAGCUCCAGUAUUACAUAUAAAGAAAGAGGAAGAACCAGACUGUGUCCAUUAUCUGAACCCGUGGGAAGGACUGACCCCUAUGUUUACUGAUAAGGGAGUGGAGCACUUUGCAUGCGGCAGGAUGGCAGGUCCAGGCACGCUGAGUGAGCAGCAGAUUCAGUUUUUCAUCCGGUUUCUGCACCGGGAGGGGUAUGACAAUAUCCCUCCUGGGACCCCCAGGAUACAGUCCCUGAAAAGGAACAUAAUGCAGAGGCUGCGGCGUAGUCUGAGGCGGCACUUCAAUGUGCAUGUGAGCCUGCGUGUGGUCCAGCGCAUCUGGAGUGACCUGAAGAGGCGGCACCCAGAUUUGGUAGAACAGCUGCUGAAAGAAGUAGAAGCUGAAUGGAUCCAAUAUGAUCCGAGUGCAGACGGUGCAGCAACAGAAGGAGCAGAGGAAGCGGCAGAGGAAGAAGCAGCAGCAGAAUGGGCAGAGGAAGAGGCAGUAGCAGAACCUGCAGGUCCUCCAGCAGCUCCGACUCCUUCUCCCAGAGAGGCCCCCCAGCUGCCACAGGUAGUACAUGCAGCGACACAGACGGAGGACAACCUGCUGCAUCACAUCUUGCGGGAGCUCCAAGAUAUCAAGGACCUUGUCCUAAAUUUGAGGGGAACCGUUCCUCUUCCUCCUCCAGCAACAUUUUAAAUUUUUGGGCACCGUUAUGCUAUGAUUUAUUUUUUAUAUUAAAAAAAUUAGUUCAAACCUC